UCGGCAGUGUGGGCUACGCUUGGGCGCCGCGGUGGGUAAUCGGGGCCGCGGGGGAGCGAGGCUGACGGGGAAGGCAGAGGGCCGUCCAGGAAGGCGAGGGGCGGACGGAGGUGGUGGGUUCCCCCAGCCAUGCAGGGCAGCACGAGAAGAAUGGGCGUCAUGACCGACGUCCACCGGCGCUUUCUCCAGUUGCUGAUGACUCACGGAGUGCUGGAGGAGUGGGACGUUAAGCGCCUGCAGAAGCACUGCUAUAAGGUCCAUGACCGUAAUGCUACUGUAGAGAAGUUGGAGGACUUUAUCAACAACAUUAACAGUGUCUUGGAGUCCUUGUACAUUGAGAUAAAGAAAGGAGUCACGGAAGAUGACGGGAGACCCAUUUACGCGCUGGUGAAUCUUGCAACGACUUCAAUUUCCAAAAUGGCCUCAGAUUUUGCAGAAAAUGAACUGGAUCUGUUUAGAAAGGCUUUGGAACUGAUUAUUGAUUCAGAUACUGGCUUUGCGUCUUCCACGAAUAUUUUGAACCUGGUUGAUCAGCUUAAAGGCAAGAAGAUGAGGAAGAAGGAAGCGGAGCAUGUGCUGCAGAAGUUUGUCCAAAACAAGUGGCUGAUUGAGAAGGAAGGGGAGUUCACGCUGCACGGCCGGGCCAUCCUGGAGAUGGAGCAGUACAUCCGGGAGACGUACCCCGACGCCGUGAAGGUCUGCAACAUCUGCCACAGCCUGCUCAUCCAGGGUCAAAGCUGCGACACCUGUGGGAUCAGGAUGCACUUACCUUGUGUGGCCAAGUACUUCCAGUCCAAUUCGGAUCCGCACUGUCCCCACUGUAAUGACUACUGGCCCCAUGAGAUACCAGAAGUCUUCGACCCCGAGAAGGAGAGGGAGGCUGGCAUCUCCAAGUCCAGCAAAAAGUCGUCGCGAUCCAGGCAGCACUAGCUGGCGCUGCCAUCAGGGGAGUGACUGCGUGGCCUGGUGGGACGAGGCAUCGUUUUCCUGUUGCACAUGAAUCACCUCCUUUGUUUUUUACGUUCUCAUUAACAAGUUUGGAAUAAACUUACUAAGUAGCUGCUGCA